AUUCCCUUUAGCAUCCUCAUGGUUAAGGCUCAACAGGAAGAGGCUUCUAUCGGACGUAUUCAUAAGGUCGCCGGUCCUUUGGUCGUGGCUGAUAACAUGUCCGGUUCUAAGAUGUACGAAGUGGUUCGUGUUGGUUGGGAGAAUCUUGUCGGAGAGAUUAUCAAGAUUGAGGGAGAUACUGCCUCAAUUCAGGUUUAUGAAGAUACUGCUGGUUUAACUGUUGGUGAUCCGGUUAUCAAGACUGGUAAACCUCUUGCUCUUGAGCUAGGACCUGGUAUUCUUAAUAAUAUCUUUGAUGGUAUUCAACGUCCUCUAGAGCGUAUUCGUGAUUUAUCCAAAUCAUUGUUCAUUCCUCGUGGUGUCGAUGUUGCUGCUCUUGAUGGCGAUAAACUCUAUGAGUUUAAACCAGCUGCUAACGUACGUGUUGGUGAUAUCGUAACUGGUGGUGAUAUUAUUGGUUUUGUUAUUGAGAAUGGUUUAUUCAGUAACCAUAAGGUUAUGGUACCUCCUGGAAAUCAAGGACGUGUACAAUGGAUUGCCCCUAAUGGUAAUUACUCUGUUCAUACUUGUUUAAUGGAGAUUGAGUCCAACAGUAGCAGCCUUGGAGGAAGUGAUGUCGAUGUAAGUAGUAGUACUACUACUAAGCUAUCUAUGGCACAUUCAUGGCCUGUAAGACAUGCUCGUCCAUGUGUUGAGAAGCUCCCUGGUAUUGCUCCUAUGCUUACUUGUCAACGUGUUAUUGAUGCUUUAUUCCCUACUACUCUUGGUGGUACUUGUGCUGUACCUGGUGCCUUUGGUUGUGGUAAGACAGUUAUUUCUCAAUCUUUGGCUAAAUAUUCCAAUAGUGAUGUUGUUGUUUAUGUUGGUUGUGGUGAACGUGGUAAUGAAAUGGCUGAAGUCUUAACUGAAUUCCCUCAACUUACUACUCUUAUUAAUGGUAAAGAGGAACAGAUUAUGCAACGUACUACCUUGGUUGCUAAUACCUCUAAUAUGCCUGUUGCUGCUCGUGAGGCAUCUGUCUAUACUGGUGUCACCACUGCUGAGUAUUUCCGUGAUAUGGGACUUAAUGUUAGUAUGAUGGCUGAUUCUACUUCUCGUUGGGCUGAGGCUUUACGUGAAAUAUCUGGUCGUUUGGCUGAGAUGCCUGCUGAUUCUGGUUAUCCUGCUUAUCUCGGUGCUCGUCUUGCUUCCUUCUAUGAGCGUGCUGGACGUGUUAAGUGUAUGGGUUCUCCUGAUCGUGAGGGUGCGGUAACUAUUGUUGGUGCUGUAUCUCCUCCUGGUGGUGAUUUCACUGAUCCUGUUACCUCAGCAACUCUAUCUAUUGUACAAGUAUUCUGGGGUCUUGAUAAGAAGUUGGCUCAGAGGAAGCAUUUCCCUUCCAUUAACUGGAAUAUCUCUUUCUCAAAGUAUACUCGUGCCUUGGAGCCCUUCUUCAACAAGUAUGAUAAUGAGUAUUCAUCUUUACAACAAAAGGUUAAAGAGAUUCUUCAGACUGAAGAUGAUCUACAAGAAAUUGUACAAUUGGUUGGUCGUGAUUCACUAUCUGAAGAUCAGAAGUGUACUUUAGAGGUUGCUCGUAUUAUUCGUGAAGAUUUCCUUCAACAGAAUGGUUUCAGUGAUUAUGAUUAUAUGUGCCCUCUAGCUAAGACUAUUGGUAUGAUGAAAUGUAUCUGUCAUUUCUAUGAUGCUGCUCAGAAAUGUUUGUCUGAGAAUCAUGGUGAUAAGGUUAUUGGAUGGUCACAGAUAUCUACUGCUUGCAAGGAUGUUAUCGUCGCUAUUACCAAUAUGAAGUUCGAGAUGCCUCAACAUAGUGAAGAGGAUUUCGCUGACUUCUUUGCUAAUCUUGUUAACCAGAUUGAUACUGCCUUCCAGAAUCUUCUAGAUGAGACUAACAAUACCAACUAAUAAUGAAUAGUGCGACUACAUACUACUACUAUUCAUGGUCUAGGAUAUCAUCCGUGGUUCUAGUUUAGAGACGACCAUUCUUCAACUAGGUGAUUUUUUCCAUCGUUUCACCACAAUGCUGCUGUUAGAUGUUGUUGAAGUUAUGAUAUCAGUAACUGGAGUUAUUGUGGGGAUGAAGCAGCAGCAGGAGGUUAACAACCAUCUAUCAUAUCUAAGAGUAUUCGACAUAAAAGAUAGUAUAAUUCCUACUGCUGUUCUUAGUCAUCGUCAUUAUGUGGACUUAUAUUAGUGUGUAUCAUUGGAGAUUGCUCUGAUACUACUAUUACUAGUAUUGGUAAAUACUAAUAGAAUAUGUUACAUGUAAUGCCGCUGCUGCUCUGAACUAAUCUCCAGCUGCAUUCUUAUGAUAUCUACUAUUGCUGGUAAUA